AUGGGGCGGUGGGACGCCGGAAUCGCUCUGUACGCACGUGCUGUCACGCCCGAGUAUCCGCCGCUCCAUCCAGAAGUGGCGCACCCGGAGUCUCGCAGCGCUAGCACCACACACCGAAGCGGAGCUCGAAUCACGACUAAGCAAGCAGUUCGGGGUCAAACUUCAGAAGUCAACUCGCGUCUGUCCCAAGCGUUAAAUGGGAGAGCGCGCGUGUGUGAGUAG